AUGUCCCUUUGUACUUCCUUCAACGUAUUCGCUUCCUACUCACCGAAACCCAAAAGCUUCCUCAGAGACUCCAAAUUCGUUUCACAAUUCCAGGUAAACUCGUUCCCUCUCGCUUCUACAUUCCAAAUCCACGAAUCCUCGACGAAUCUUAAGUUUAGAAGAGCGAGACUCAAACCAAUUUCAUCUCUAGACGCCGGAAUUUCAGAAUUAGCCACACCGUCUUCCUUCAGGAGCAAAAACCCAAAGGAUAUAAACGUCCUGGUGGUUGGUUCGACUGGGUACAUCGGAAGAUUCGUAGUGAAAGAGCUGAUCAAAAGAGGAUUCAAUGUGAUCGCCGUCGCGAGAGAGAAGAGCGGAAUCAGAGGCAAAAACGACAAGCAAGAGACGCUGAAUCAGCUGCGAGGCGCGAAUGUGUGUUUCUCCGAUGUCACUCAGCUAGAUUCCCUGGAGAAAUCCGUGGAGGAUCUAGGUUUAGGCAUCGACGUCGUUGUCUCCUGUCUCGCUAGCCGCAACGGAGGGAUUAAGGAUUCGUGGAAGAUCGAUUACGAAGCCACAAAGAACAGUCUCCUCGCCGGGAAGAAAUUCGGCGCCAAGCAUUUCGUUCUCCUCUCCGCGAUCUGCGUGCAGAAGCCGUUACUGGAGUUUCAGCGAGCGAAGCUGAAGUUCGAAGCAGAGCUGAUGGAUUUAGCUGAAGACUCGAGCUUCACGUACAGCAUUGUGAGACCAACGGCGUUCUUCAAGAGCUUAGGAGGUCAAGUGGAGAUCGUGAAAGAUGGGAAGCCGUACGUGAUGUUCGGAGACGGCAAGCUGUGCGCUUGCAAACCGAUCAGCGAGCAGGAUCUGGCGGCGUUUAUAGCGGACUGCGUGUUGGAAGAGGAGAAGAUCAAUCAGGUUUUGCCUAUCGGUGGACCGGGGAAGGCGUUGACGCCGUUGGAGCAAGGGGAGAUUCUGUUUAGGAUUCUUGGGAGAGAGCCUAAGUUCUUGAAAGUACCUAUCGAGAUUAUGGAUUUCGCGAUUGGUGUUCUUGAUUUUGUGGCGAAGGUCUUUCCUUCGGUUGGUGAGGCUGCUGAGUUUGGCAAGAUUGGGAGGUAUUACGCUGCGGAGAGUAUGCUGAUUCUUGAUCCGGAGACUGGAGAGUAUAGUGAAGAGAAGACGCCGAGUUAUGGGAAGGAUACGCUUGAGGGGUUCUUUGAGAAAGUGAUCAGAGAAGGAAUGGCUGGUCAAGAACUUGGAGAACAGUUCUUCUAG